AUGUUCAAGAACCUUAUUGCAAAUUCAAAAAACCUAUCAUACAAGAUGUCGCAAGAAGCAACAACACUAUUGAUUCCCGGGCCUGUAAGAUUGAGCCCUCAUGUGCAAUCCGCACUCUCCAUACAAUCACUCUCCCACACAAGUCCCGAGUUUGUAACCAUUUAUCAAAGGGUACUGCAAAAUACAAGACGGUUAUUCAAAGCUGAUGUCAAGAAGGGACUACCAAUCGUUUUGGCAGGUUCUGGAACCUUAGGGUUCGACUUGGUGGGUGCCAAUUUGGUCUCCCCCAAAGACGAGAUCUACGUGAUUUCCACCGGGUUCUUCAGUGAUGAAUUUGCAGAGUGUUUGAAUGGGUAUGGUGCUAAUAUCACCACAUCAAGGGGUCCCGUGGGCGAUAUACCUGAUUUGAACCUCAUUAAAAAGACAUUACAAGAAAAUAAGUUUAAAUUGGUGGUCAUGACUCAAGUGGAUACGUCUACCGGGGUAUUGAAUGAUGUGGAAAGUAUUUGCAAAUUAGUGAGGGAUGUUUCCCCAGAUUCGUUAAUCGUCGUAGAUGGUGUUUGCUCCAUUGGUUGUGAAACUCUUGAAUUUGAUAAAUGGGGGGUUGACUUUUGCUUAACUGCUUCACAAAAGGCUAUUGGUGCCCCACCAGGUUUAAGUAUUGCCAUGAUUAGUGAACGUGCCUUAGAAACCGCUUUGGACAACAAGGCCUCAGUUAAGCCAUUUUUCAGCUCUUUAAUCAAAUGGUCCCCCAUCUUGAAAGGUUUUGAAGAGGGAAGAGCAAGUUAUUUUGCAACUCCACCAGUGCAAUUGAUAAAUUCUUUAGAUGUGGCAUUGGACGAAAUACUUGAACAAGAUGGUGGAUUAGAUAAGAGAGUACAAACGCAUGAAGAAAAAAGCAACUGGUUUAAAUCAAAGAUAACUAAUGAACUUGGAUUGGAAUUAGUUUCCCAAUACCCUCAAAAUGAUGUGAGUGCCCAUGGGUUGACCGCCAUAUAUGUGAAUAACCCACCACAAGUCAUAUCUUCCAUGAAAUCUAAGGGUUUCGUCAUUGCAGGAGGGCUUUACAAAGGCAUUGCAUCCAAAUAUAUUAGAAUCGGUCACAUGGGUUAUUCAGUUUGUAAUUCGGAUGCUGAAGAUAUUGUCAAAUGUUAUGCUGCAUUGAAAAGCACUCUACAGGAAUAA